AUGACAUCAACACUAAGACGAAUCUUCAAGAGAAUCUCCAUAUAUUUGACAGGAAAAAACCAAUUACCUUGCAGAAGAAGUUUAAGUAACACGGUCAAUCAAGAAGAAUUCCGUUGCUAUAGCGUUUGUGUAGCCCGUCUUGCCAUCAUGGUAAUGCUGGCAAUUCUUCUAGGUUUACUAACAAUACUCUCAUGGCAUUUCACCAAAGUCUACACAAAAUCAUCAUUAAACACUUUGGCAUAUGGCCUUCGGUUUGAACUAUUGCAACGUCCCAUAUUGCGUAUGUGGAAAAUAUUGAACUCAACAGUUGAAAUAACAACAUCCCAAGUUAGGCUUUCAGAAUAUGUUAUCAGGAAAUAUAGCAAAGCUGAAAACCAAGCACAGCAAGUAGAGUUGUAUGAAGCUAUGAGAGACAUCACAUGGGCGCUUUUCUCAAGCCGCAAAGCUCUAAAUUCAAUGUCGAUAAAAUACAGGAAUGGAUUUGUUCAAGCCUUCCAUCGAGACCUUAGAAGCAAAAAUACAUAUUAUAUAUACUCCGAUUUAGACAAUUACACAAUGGUUGAACCUUAUGGAAUGAACAGAUCUUUACCUCAUGAAGAGUGGAAUGAUCAGACGAUACAUGGUAACUUGUCAGCAAUCUGGUACCGAGAACUGCUGGAUCCGGAUACUGGUAUAAGAAAGGAAAAAAAUGAGAAAAUCCCACCAGAUGAAUUACUUAAUAUUGCAGGUAUUUCUCAGGUACCUAAUGGUGCAGCUACCUGGCACGUGGCUGUGAGCAAAUUUACCAACUCACCCUUGCUGUCAGCUGCUUUGCCUGUAUGGGAUAAGGAUCGUGUUAGUAUAGUUGCGGUAGUGGGAGUUACUACUGCUUUGUACAGUGUCGGGCAACUUAUGAAAGAACUGGUGGAGCUCCAUGGUGGACACAUUUACUUGACAUCUCAAGAGGGGUGGUUGCUUGCAACUUCUUCUAGCACACCGUUGUUAAAAAAUUCAUCAAAUGGGCCUACACUCAUGAUGGCAGUAGAUUCUCAAGAUGAGAUAAUACAGUCUGGAGCCAAGUGGUUGCACAAAGCCUAUGGUGACAAGCAGCCCCUCUACCAUGAGGUUCACUCAGCUACUGCCACGCUUGGUGGCCAGCGAUAUUACAUAGAUUCGUUUUUCUUGAACUUAACAAGACUCCCUAUGGUGGGAGUUCUGUGUAUUCCAAGGAAGUUCAUAAUGGGGAAGGUGGAUGAAAGGGCAUUCAAGACAUUGGUGAUAUUGAUAUCUGCAUCUGUAUGUAUACUACUUGUGGGCUGUAUUUGUAUUUUCAUUUUGACUAAUGGAGUAUCGAAGGAAAUGAAACUACGGGCAGAACUAAUUAGUCAAUUAGACGCCCGAAGGAAGGCUGAGGCAUCAAGCAAUUUUAAAAGCCAGUUUUUAGCCAACAUGAGUCAUGAACUGCGAACGCCAAUGGCUGCAGUCAUAGGAUUGUUGGACAUUCUUCUAUGUGAUGAUUGUCUUACAAACGAACAAUAUGCAACUAUCACUCAAAUUCGUAGAUGUUCAACAGCUCUCCUCAGGCUUCUUAAUAACAUUUUGGAUAUUAGUAAGGUCGAAUCUGGUAAACUAGUGCUGGAAGAAGCUGAGUUUGAUUUGGGGCGAGAACUUGAAGGACUCAUAGAUAUGUUUUCUGUGCAAUGCAAGAACCACAAUGUGGAAACCAUCAUAGAUCUUUCUGAUGAUAUGCCAAGACUAGUCCGUGGAGACUCAGGUAGAGUUGUUCAGAUAUUCGCAAAUUUAAUCAGUAACUCGAUCAAGUUUACAACGUCGGGAUAUAUUAUUCUGCGAGGCUGGUGCGAGAAUCUAGAUUCGUUCAGUAACAGUGAAAACUUCUUCAUUGAUCAUAAAGCAUUGUUGUCUGCAUCCCAGAAAAAGAUCAGUCGCGAAGGACUUCACGAGAGAAGAUCCUGCAAGAAUGACAAAACAAUGAUUCUUUUUUUCGAAGUUGAAGAUACUGGAUGUGGAAUUGAUCCGAGUAAAUGGGGAUCAGUAUUUGAAAGCUUUGAACAAGCCGACCCAUCAACAACUAGAUUGCAUGGUGGGACUGGUCUUGGGUUAUGCAUUGUUCGAACCCUGGUUAACAAGAUGGGCGGAGAAAUUAGAGUUGUCAAGAAGAAUGGACCAGGCACCUUAAUGCAAUUGUACCUCUUACUCAGCACACCUGCAGAUAUACCAACAGAAAACUACCGACUAAAGUUUGCAGACCAUAACUUGAAGGUAGUUCUGGCACUCGGUAGAAAAAUGGGUACCGAAAUUCUUUCCCAGUGGCUACCUAAACUUGGAGUACCAGUAUGGGAAGCGAACGAAUGGAAUGAACUGACACAUAUACUUCAGGAGCACUUUAAACCAACGAUUAAUGAGCAAAACUUGACAUACGAGCAUACAAAAGUUGAAGCAUCAAACAAGGAAGAAGUAGAGAUGUCAGUUUUCAUUAUAGUCAUUGAUAUCGGAAUGCUUAACUUGAGCACAAAGAUAUGGAAGGAACAGCUCAAUUUCCUAGAUACAUUCAACAGGGGGCCAAAGUUUGCUUGGAUCCUAGAUCAAGAUACAUCGACUUCCAUCAAGAUUGAGCUUCGAAGAAGAGGGCAUUUGUUGAUGGUAAAUAGACCAUUGUACAAGGCAAAAAUGAUUCAAAUGAUUGAAGCUGUUAUAAAAGAAAGCAUUCUUGAGAAGCAGAAGAAUAUAAUUAUGAGGACUGAAAAACACAAAUGUCGUCAGAUUGAUCCUAUGCACAUCCACACAAAAAGUUCAAAUGAUUCUGAAAUAUCAACGAUUAAUUCAACUGAAAGCUCCAGAACUGAAGCAACAAAUGAAAAAACCUUCACAAUUUGUGGACCAGUUGGCAAUUGCUUCCCUGAGCUUACUGAAGUCCGUUCAGAAUGGAACAAGUUGAGCACGAACAGUAUGGUAACAUUGACUUCCUUCCCAAACUCAAAUAAUGAGCAAGGUAUUCAUCAUGCGGACAAAUCCAGGAAUGGACAAAAGGCACUUGAAGGCCUACGCAUUUUGUUGGCAGAAGACACACCAAUACUCCAGAGAGUGGCGACUAUGAUGCUCGAGCAGAUGGGUGCUAAGGUCGUCACCGUGGGAGAUGGGGUGCAGGCAGUAAAAGCUCUAGAUCUCAAUGUUACAGCAUACGACUUAAUACUCAUGGACUGUCAAAUGCCAAAGAUGGACGGCUACGAAGCAACUAAAGCAAUUCGUAAAGCAGAAAGAGAAUCAGAAUCACACAUUCCUAUCAUCGCACUAACAGCACAUGCCAUGUCAUCAGAUGAAGCCAAAUGCUUGGAAGUGGGUAUGGAUGCAUAUUUAACAAAGCCAAUAGACUGCAAACUUAUGGUUUCCACCAUUUUGUCAUUAACCAAGCGCAUAUAG